UGGUCACCUACUAUAUAUAUUCCUCCAUCUUCCUUCUCUCUUCCGCAGGUGCAGACUCCAAUUUCACAAAAAAUUGUUCUCUGCAUCUGCUUCUUAUUAUUAAAAAAAAAAUCCCCAUUUUCCAAAAAUCCCCCCCCAAAAAAAAACUUAAACCCAGUAUUUUUCUUGCUACCAUAUUGAGGAAAAAAAAAGUGGGUAGUCGAAAAAAAUACGUUCUUGAUUUUCCGGCGAGUAUUUUCUUGAUUUUCCGGUGAAAAGAUGCCGUCGUUAGAGGAAGAAUUGUUUCCGUCAACGCCGGGAAAGUUCAAGGACAGGAACCGGCAUUUCCACAGAUGUUUUGCUUCAACAAGUACAAUGUUCCUUUGGGCAUUAUUCUUAAUAGCUAUAACGGCGUCGUAUUUGUGUUUCCAAUCAUUUAUGGAUACCGGUAACCGGUAUUUCUCCGCCACGUGGGGCGGUCAUCAUUGGGAGAAACAAGUCCGUACUUCUGCUCAGAUCCACCGUUCUAACGGCAUGUCCGUACUUGUUACCGGCGCAGCCGGUUUUGUCGGGAGCCACGUCUCCCUCGCCUUGAAAAAACGAGGCGACGGAGUCGUGGGACUCGACAACUUCAAUAAUUACUAUGAUCCCUCGCUUAAAAAAGCGAGGAAAAAUCUUCUCAAUAAUCACAACAUUUUCAUAAUCGAAGGUGACAUUAACGAUAUGCGGAUGCUAACAAAGCUAUUUGAAAUUGUUCGUUUUACGCACGUGAUGCAUUUAGCAGCUCAAGCGGGUGUGCGAUACGCGCUGGAAAAUCCAGGUUCUUACGUUCAUAGUAACAUUGCCGGUCUUGUAACUCUUCUAGAAGCUUGCAAGAAUGCUAACCCGCAACCCGCUGUUGUAUGGGCCAGCUCCAGUUCCGUAUACGGGUUGAACGAAAAGGUUCCAUUUUCUGAAUCGGAUCGGACUGAUCAACCCGCUUCGUUAUAUGCUGCAACGAAGAAAGCGGGUGAGGAAAUUACACACACGUAUAAUCAUAUUUACGGGUUGUCAAUUACCGGGUUGAGGUUCUUUACGGUUUAUGGCCCGUGGGGCAGACCCGAUAUGGCUUAUUUCAGUUUUACAAGGAACAUUUUACAAGGGAAACCGAUCACGGUUUAUCGGGGCAAGAAUCGGGUUGAUUUGGCUCGGGAUUUUACUUACAUUGAUGAUGUUGUGAAAGGGUGUAUUGGGUCGCUUGAUACGUCGGGUAAGAGUACCGGGUCGGGUGGGAAGAAACGGGGACCCGCUCCAUACCGGAUUUUUAAUCUGGGUAAUACGUCGCCGGUGACUGUUCCGAUGAUGGUUGGGAUUUUGGAGAAGCAUUUGAAGGUUAAAGCUAAGAAGAAUUUCGUCGAAAUGCCCGGAAACGGCGACGUUCCGUUCACACAUGCGAAUAUUAGUUCGGCCCGAAAAGAAUUCGGGUAUAAACCGACAACCGAUUUGCAAACCGGGUUGAAGAAGUUUGUUAAGUGGUAUCUCUCUUAUUACGGCUACAAUCAAGGAAAGUCUGUAAAGUGAUAAUAUUCCUUUUUUUUUUCUCUUUUUAAUUCUUUUUCUUCUUAUUGUGGUUAUUUUAGAUUUUUUUUUUUCUAAAUUACGAGGAAAAAAAGAAUUUGGAGGAAGAAAAAAGGAAAAGAAAAGGUGAAUACCAAUUCUUAUUUUAAUUGGGGGGAAAGUGGAGAGAAGAAGAUUUGAUAAACUCCCUUUCCCCUUUGUUAGAAGAUAUUGUUGUUGCUUUCCUUGUAAAGGAUAAAAAAGUUUCUCAUUCUUUGUCUCA